GUUACAAUUAUUAACACCUUUGAACAAAGAAAUUAAGAAACGAAUAAAUAAAUAAAACCUACAGAGUAACGCCGGCAAUUUGAAUUCAUUUUUUGGAUAUUUUUAACGAUUUUUGGAUAAAUUUUAAUCAUGAAGUUGACACUUAUUACCUGCCUUCUAUUGUGUUUGUUGGGUUCACCAAACAUUUUGGCAGAUGAGGAGAGCUCAACUGAAACCAAUGAGAUCAUACCACGCGAGGCCAUACAAAAAUUAGAUAUAUCUGUAAGACAAGCUCUACUACGUGCCAUAGAUAAACUCGAACAAGAAGCUCAAGCAGAUGAUGAUGAAGAAGGGGAAGAAGACGGCGGAGAACAGACAGAAGAUGACAAUCUGCAGCAGCAGCAGCCCGACCAAGAGGAAGUCCAUGUUCCGUCCAGCACAACAGCAUUACCAGUGGUAACACAAACCAAAGAUGAAAUUCUAGAAGAAAGUACCGCUCGCAGUGAUGGCAUUCUGCCAUCAGUGCAAUUCUUUACGGCAACCUAUGACGAAAAGAAUGCACAGGAACAGCCAUUGGCGGCAUUCAUUAAUAGCACCAAAUCCCUAAGAAAAUCACAAAAACAUAAUUUCGGAUCACCGGUCAUAGUGACCUUUAAUGCAGCAUCCGACUCCAACGACAAUCAUCAAACAGCCCGCAGUGUUGGCAGUAGUCUGCAAAGUAAUGAAAUUUCCUCAAACAGUUUGGAUGAAAUUAAAUUUGAAAUACGCAAUUCGAAAUUAAGUCAAAGGGCCAGCAGUACAAGCACCACCACCACCACAACAACGACGACGACCACAACACCACGUCCCAGAACCACUACAAGGCGUACGACAACAACAACGACCACAACAACUACAACCACACCCCGACCAACCCACAACGAAGAUGGUGAAAAUAUUGAGGUAGUCGAUAAGAACGAUAUACGGAUACAAGCUGCUCCUUUGGUCACCGCAUUUACUGUUAACGUAGAUGAGCUGGGUGCUCCUAAACAAGUUGUUCCCAUCAUUGAUGCUAUACAAUCAACAACGGCCACAUUGCCUCAAUCACCUUUGAGUUUUGGCCCUACUAUUACAAAAUUGAAUGUUUUGAAAACGGAAUUACCUAAAUCCAAUAAUAACAAUAUUUUCCUUCCCAAUCCCCCACCCACACAACCAACCUAUAGUACAACUUCAACAACGGCGGGAAAUAUAUUUGCAAAUGCUCUACCAACAUCGGGUCAUUACAUAACGAAACAGCCAUUGACCUCAAAUGUCAACCAACAACUACAGCAGCUGCAGCAACAACAACAACAACAACAUCCACUCAAUAGCCCCAACGAUUAUUUAUUGGAAAAACAACGUGAAUUGGAACAGCAAAUCUUGCAGUUGAAAAUACAAGCACAACAACAACAGGACUUAAUAUUGAGGCAAUUGAAAUUACUGGAGGAACAAACAAGGCAAAGAGGUCAAUCAACCAACAAUGUUGCUCUUCAGACACCCUCCAACGGUCAAACGCAACAGGCGGUGGCUCCAACAGUUCAGCACGAAUCAAGCUUUACAAUUCGCCCUUCCAUAGAAUUUAUACCAAGCACGCAGACCAAAAUGUCACCUUUGUUUCCGACAUUUCCCCAGGAUCAACAGUUACCGUUGAGGGAGUCCAAUGGGAAAUUCAUCGCCAAUAAGAAUUAUCAAUUCUCCCCCAAUAAUCUGUUGACACCUCCAUCAGCACAAACGCUGCAACAACAGCAGCCACAGCAAUUACCAGCUGCCAAUAACCCAAUACAGCAAAUAUUCCACAACUUACAACAAAAAAUACAAACUGCACAACAACAGCAGCAACAACAAUCGAGUCAAGGUAUUUCCAGCAUAUCCAGUAUACAAAUCCAACCCUCCAAUCAAUUGAGUAUUGUACCAACAUUUUCUCCUGCCUUGCCGGAACCCCCAGCAGAAUUGUCACUGGUACAGGCAUUGCCACAGAGAAACUUUCAACCAUUCAAUAAACAGAACACUCCCCUCAUACCGCAAUAUGUCAGCAAUGCCAUACUGGAGCGUUAUCAACAACAGCCACAACAACAACAGCAACAAGAACAACAAUCAGCCCAGCAACAGCAUAGAGCAAGAUUUUUCCGUCAAGAAGGGCAUACCGGAAACUUUGGCAUAAAUCAGGUGCAAACCAAUCCCAACAAUAUUUUCUCCCACUUCAAUCAGCAGCAGCAGCAGCAACAACAUCAUCAACAACAGCAACAAAAUUAUGAUACACAGAAUUUUUAUCGUCAACACUUGAGUCCUGACAUCAGCAAUCAAUUGCAACAGAAUGCCCAGCAGUACUAUCAACAACAACAACAACAGCAGCAGCAGCAGCAGUCUUCAGCAACAGGUAAUAUUGUACAUAGCUUAAGUCCCGAUUUAAAUAAUUUAGAAGAAUUUAAAAUAAUCAAUAAAAUUUUAGCUCUUAAUCAUGGCAUAAAUAAUUAUGUUUCCCAACAACAACAUUCUACAUCACCUCUGGCAUCAUCGUCCUCGGCACGUUUCUUCUGAGACACCAAUCAGUCCAUCCAUCCAUCAACGAGUGUUGUCACAAAACGUCUUCUUCUAUUUUCCAGCACUUUUUUCCAUAGCUUGGAUGACACCACACACACACCUACGCCUAUCUUUCAAACCACAUCCUCUCCAUAUUUAGUAUCCAAAGCACUUUGUAUAAUAAACACCGUUAUUUCAGCUACCUUGGAUCCCCACAAAACUGUUUUCAUGGUGCACUUUCUCUAUGAUCCUGUCUGUUUCUUAUCGAAUUAAUUUUAAGUUCUAACAGCUAUAAUUAUUUCUUUUUAAAUAUCAUUAGUAUAAAUGCAAAAUAAGCUAACUAUCAAUUUGUUCAUAAAUUAAAAAAAAACACAACCCUAGAAAUUUACCAAGUUGAAAUGAAAUAUCCUAGUUCGGAAUUUACCAAUGUGCUGUUGUUGUUGUUAGUUCGGAAUUUACCAAUGUACAUGAGUUCAGUGGCAAAAAGAUUCAAUAUUUCGGCCGGGUCGAAAAUUGUAUACCCUUCACCAUGUGAAUACACGAAGUUUUUUAAAAUCAGUUGUCUUAAAAGCACGGGAAUUCGGGGCUUACAUCAUUGCCAAAAUAUAUGGUAACACUUAAUUAUAGUUCCCUAACUUGAAAAUUAUGGUUACUAGAAGGUAAUUUUAAAAUAUCAUGAAGAUAUCUUGCGAGGAAAUUUCAAUAGUGAGAUUACAGCCACUUCGCCUUAAUAAUGUGACCUAUAUAUGACCCCCUAUAUGAAGCUAAUGCUAAAAACCGUUAAAAUCUUAAAAAUAUUGAAUUUAGGUGUUAUAUUAGGGUCUAUACGACGACAUGGUCCUGCAUAGGUAACUUUUGUCAUAAGCCAUUACAAUAUUCAAAUG